GCGCUUCUCGGCCGUCGCUUGUCGGGAGGGACGAGCGGGGUUGCUUAUUGCCCGACGACACCAACGCCCUCGACGGAACUUCUCUUUUUAAGGGAAAUUUACCCCACCGUCGGCGCCCCUUGCCCACCGUCGGCGCCGUUCACCCACGACUGGCGUCCUUUACCCACGACCGGCGCCUUUUUUUUUAACCCUUGGCUGGAGAGGGGAAAGGACGAUGGCGAAUUUACUUGAUCUGAAGGAUUGUUGGAGGAAGAUUCGCGAGCUGUACACGACGGUCGUGGGAUUUAUGAGAUAUGUGUUUGGCUCGGUAAUGAUGAUUGGGGUGGCCCCAGAAUACCUCGCGAUAUGGCUUGUGUGGCGAGGUGCUUCACUAGUAUUCCCUUCCUGGAUAUACCAGUGGGGGGAUGACAAACUCUAUUCUCUCUAUCAGCGGCUAGUUCUCUUUUUCUUUGAGACGUGUACAAAUUUAGAGGUGGUGUUAUAUGGUGAUGCUGUAGAUGCUCUGAAGAAGAGAGAAAGUGUCUUAUACCUUGCCAACCAUCAGUCAACAGUUGACUGGCUUGUUGCUGAUAUGAUCUCUGUCCGAGGUGGAUCUUUAGGACACCUACGCUAUGUGAUGAAAAACACGCUACAACUGAUGCCACUCUACGGGCACUACUUCUACGCACACGGCUGUAUUUAUGUGAAACGUGGGAAGUUCAGUCAGAACAAAAUGAUUCAGGCCCUGGACUACCUCAAACACCCAAAGAUUCCUACUUGGUUGGUGAUCUUCCCUGAGGGCACACGCUACUACCCCGGGAACCCUGACGUCAUCCAGAAAGCAGAGCAGUACGCAAAGGACAACAAUCUUCCGGCAAUUGGAACAGUGACUGCUGCUCAGGAAGAUGCCAAGGUCUCGGUUAGAAAGUGCUCCGAGAAAACAGUGCUGAAGCAUCACUUGGUCCCAAAAACCCGAGGAAUGUGGUUAGUCAGCAAACAGUUACAUGAUAAGAUUGAUGCCAUAUAUGAUGUCUCUGUGUUCUACGAUGGGACUGUGGACGAGCAAGGCAUUAGAGGAAAUGCUCCACAGCUUGUUGGGUUCCUAACGGGAAAGUGCAAGAAGGUUCACGUACACAUCAGGCGCAUCCCAAUGUCUGAGGUGCCGAGGGAGGAGGAGGAAGUCGGAAAAUGGCUACAGGAGCUUUAUAGGACGAAAGAUGAAUUGGCUGAGAACUUCUUCACCCAGGAUAAUGAGAAGCGAAAUAAGGUUGAAAAGCUGUUGAAUGGCCACAAGUCUUCACUAAGUCUUUGGUCGACUCUCUCCUCCUUCCUGUUCUUUAGUGUUCUCUCAGUGCCAUUCAUCUGUACUAAAGUUGGAAGGCAGAUGUACAUAAAUUUACUGGUCUAUGGAAGCCUUGGCUCGUAUGGGUGGCUUGCCAUUCGUAAUGUUUGUUAAGCCUGUUUUUGAAGAGGGAAAAACUUGCCAAGUGACGACAAAUGGCAAAAGGAACAAAGUGGAACAGCGUAAGGGUCACCUCCAGAUCUGUUUCAAGAAAUCACAUUAUGGGUGAAACAGUUAAUUAGGAAACAGUUUUUAUGUGUAUACUUGGAUGAGAUGUUAUGAAUGCAUCAUUUUUGGGAUAUAUAGUGGUAAUGGACCAUCCCAAUGAUUUUUAUGUAAAGAAUGUGGUAAAUGGAAACUUGUAUAUUAAUGAAACAUUUAUCUCAGAUCUUCCGUUGUGCACAGACAGAUUUUUGAAGUAUUACAUGGGUUUUCAUGACAUGCAAGUCAGUUUCACUGGAUACAAAGUACAGAAAUUGACACAUUUGAUUAUCAUAUGUCUGUUCAUAUUGUAAUUAUUGUAUAUUAUCUAGGAGUCUUUCAGUAGAUAAAACAUGAUAUUUCUUUGUCAUAUAGUGAAUGAAGCUUGUCAGAAAUAAAGAAAUAUUCUCAUAAUUGAUGAUUUGUUUUUGAUGGCUAAUUCCAGCAAACUGAAAAAGUACAUGCAUGAGCUUGCAUGUACACUAUAUAUGUAUGGUAUACUGGACUAAUCCUCAUAAUCAUUUCUUUAAAACACUGAUUCUCCAUUAUAUUUCUGUUGUAAAUCAGGAGUAUUUGUAUUAUCAGAUACAGAAAUAUGGAUAUAUUGCUUGAAAAGGAAGGCAGAAAAAAAUGAAAUAAUGGAAGAGAAAAAUCUGUUAUACAUAUCUCUAUCUGCACACACAUAUGUGCAAUCCCCACCCACAAAUGUGUGUAUAUGUAUGGAUAUUUGCCAUCCUUUGAUAUUAUAUACAUUUUUUUCUGCAAGAAAUAGAUGCUCAAUAUGUUUUUUGCAUGGCAAUAGUUUUCCCUUCUACUUAUUAAACCAUGCUUGAAGGAAAUUACUUUGUCAUCAUGAGGUUAGGGUGUUUGUGAACAAAAAUAUUAUUUAUGUUAAUAAUUAAUAUAAUCAAUAAUGUAAUGCUGUUUUUUGUUGCAUAUCAACAUUGGGAAAGUGAUUAUCACAGGAUGCACUUGUAUAACUGUGAAAUUGAAAGAUUAGACAAGUGUUUAAGGAAGUAGCAUGUCUUUGAGAAAGUGGUGACAAUUACAGCAUGUAAAGCUUAUGUAGAGGUGUAAUGUUUUUUGUUACAUUUUUUUUUUUUUUUUAUCUCUUUCUCACAUUGUUUUUUCUUUCAUUCUUCUUUGGUGAAUUUGUUUAUGUAAAAUUAUUUUAUUUCUUCUUUUUUUUUUUUGUAGAUACAGUAGUAUUAUAGAAGUCUUUUGGUGUGAAGGGGACAAAAAAAUUAUUGAUUUUUAGAAUUAGACAAUGUUCCUUUUUUUAUGCUGCCAGUGGUGUUGUUUUAAUUGUAUGGUUACUGCACAUUUAAGAAGUACAAUGUAGACUGGUAUUAGGGCAACAUAUUUUUCCAAAAAAAAAAAAAAAAGAGAGAGAAAAAGAAAAAAUAAUAAAAUAUAUAAUACUGUGGUCACUUUUCAGUUGCAAACAUCCCUUUGUGGAGAAAGAUGGAUCAAGGUAAUCAUUUUGCAUUAUGAGGAGCAACAACUGUUAAAUAAGAGUAUUUUGUUAUGCUUACAUACUGUGAUACUGAAAUUUCUGCUAGUUGACAUCAACUAUGAAAAUCUUCAAAGUAUCCAUCAAGACCAUAUACAUAUAUAUUCUUGAUUAACAACGAGGUCUUUAAUGAUACAGGGAAGGGAGGGAAGGUUAAAUUAAUAACUAAAAAUUCAGGACAGCAAUUCAGGUAAGAAUUACUUUGAAGGAAAUUGAAUCUGAAGGAUUUGAAUUUGCUAAUAUUACCUAUCCUAAUAAUAAGACCGCAAGAAAAGAGACAAAAGAUAAUGUUGAAGGUAAAAUGUGAAUCCGCAAUUCUAUUGUAUAGUUUAGGUUAUCGCAGAAACAUAAUAAGGAGGUUACAAUUACUUUAUUAUGAAAAAGUACAAAUACUGAUACCAAAUAAAUAUAAUUCAUUCUUGGGAUAUAUUCUCAUAAGCAAAGUAAACAUUUGGAAAUAGAAAAAUCAGUAUAUCAUUAUUUUGUGUUCUAAACCUAGCCACCAACAACCCUCGUCUUGUAAUACUCCGAGAUUGGGAAACAAAAUGUCUUAAAAAUAAGUAGAUAUGUUGCUUAUUUCAGCAAAUUUCUCAAUCACAGUAAGGAAAUCAAUUAUCCAUUAAAGUCACAAGUUCAAAUAAUUCUUAAAACAUAAGCUGAUUACUAUCACUUGUGUUAUACUGCCUGGCAGUCAAUUAACCAUUAAUACAAUCAAUAAUUCAGUGAACACCUAUGUAUGCCAGAAUACACACAUGUCCAUUUUGUACAAAAAUCAGUUACAAUAUUGAUAUUUACAUAUUUACGACCAUUUGCCCCACAUAACUGGCACAAGCCAGGGAUGCCCUUCAUUGUGUAAUACAGAAACAAAAACGAAGUCUAGGUUUUCUGUGACUUCUGAAUAACUGUCAGCUGUCAGAUACUGUUGUGGAUACCUCAUUUGUUUUUGUUUUUUGAACCACUGGAUCUUCAUUUAUAGACCUUUGUAACUGUCUGCAUGUAUUAUAUUGCCUUUGCAUAUGUAAAUGUAAACAAAAAUGCAUUUUGGCUGAAAGUUUUCAGUUUUUUUGUUGUUUUUUUACUUACUUUUUUUAUGUACGGAGUUACACCAAUAAGACUAACUUUGAUA